ACUAAGUAUAAAUGAAAUCAUAAAGGAAUGUUAACUAAGUUUCAUCAGUUAAGUUAGAGUUGAAAAAAUUGGAUAAGUAGUUAUGGGUGUGUUUGGAGCUGUUUUAAUCAUCCUCUUAAGCUGUCUUUGUGUUUAUCUCCUGUGGACUCUCAUUAGGUUUGUUCACAAGGUAUGGUGGACUCCGAUGCGAAUACAAAGCAUAAUGAGGUCACAGGGAAUCAGAGGUCCACCGUAUAGAUUCCCCCAUGGCAGCACCAAAGAGAUCACCAGCAUGAGAAGUCAAUCCAUGGGCAAACAUAUGGAAAUAUCACAUGACAUAUUCCCAAGAAUUCAACCUCAUGUUUACUCAUGGACCAAGAUUUAUGGAACAAAUUUUCUCAAUUGGCAUGGUCCACAAGCCCAAUUGUUUGUUACAGAACCUGAGCUUAUCAAAGAAAUAUUGAACAACAAAGAAGGUGCGUAUCCAAAAAUGGACAUGGAAGGCUACGCAAAGAAGCUCUUAGGGGAAGCACUUAUAACAAAUGAAGGUGAAAAAUGGGCAAAGAUACGAAAACUGGCCAAUUACACUUUCCAUGCCGAGAGCUUGAAAGGUAUGAUUCCAGAAAUGAGUGCAAGUGUUGAGACAAUGCUAACUAGGUGGAACGGGUUUGAAGGAAAAGAGAUCGAUGUUUUUAAAGAAUUUGGACUAUUAACAACAGAAGUAAUUUCGAGAACAGCUUUUGGGAGUAGCUACGGGGAAGGGAAGCACAUAUUUGAGAUGGUGGCAAAACUGACUUCAAUUACUGUUAAAAAUAUUUAUAAUAUAAGGUUUCCAGGCAUCAGGUGGCUACUAAAAACCAGUGAUGAGGUUGAAGCAGAGAAUCUUGAACGAAGCAUCAAAAACUCCAUUUUAGAGCUUGUAAAGAAAAGAGAGAGUAAGAAAAAUGAUAAAGUUGGUAAUCACUUUGGGAAUGAUUAUCUUGGACAACUUGUGAAGAUUGUUCAUGAAUAUGAUGACAGCAAGAGGAUUACAAUAGAACAAAUGAUCGAUGAGAUCAAGACAGUGUAUGGUGCUGGACAUUUAACCACUACAAACUUGCUUUCUUGGACCAUUUUUCUUCUAUCAAUCUGUACAGAUUGGCAAGAGAAAGCAAGGAAGGAAAUCCUCGAGUUAUUCGGCCUAAAAACUCCAACUUCGGAUGGCAUUGCAAGACUAAAAACUAUGAACAUGAUCAUUAACGAGUCUCUAAGACUAUAUCCUCCGGUGAUUACCAUGACAAGGAAAGUUCAAAGAGAAGUUAAACUGGGGGAACUAAUUCUUCCUGCUAAUAUAAACAUUUUUUUCUCAGUUCUAUCACUUCAUCAUAACCCCCAAAUAUGGGGAAAGGAUGUUCAUAUGUUCAAACCAGACAGAUUUGCAGAAGGCGUGGCUAAAGCUACCAACAACAACCCAGCAGCAUUUUACCCAUUCGGUAUGGGACCUCGGACUUGUGUGGGUUUGAACUUCACCACCAACGAGGCAAAAGUUGCGCUCUCAAUGAUUCUGCAGCGCUACAAGUUCACUCUUUCACCAAAUUAUGUCCACUAUCCAGAUGAUAUUUUCAUUCUCACCCCAAAAAAUGGAGUUCAAGUCAUCCUCCAAGAAAUUUGAGUGCAACAUGUGUUUGUACUAAGUAGUAUAUGUAUAUAUUGGUGAAGUGGUGAACGUUGCUUGUUAUGGUUAAAUUAUGUAAAGAUGUGAUAUCAGACAACAAAACUGAUGAAGAGCACUGAUGAUUGAGAUAUAAUAAAUGUAAGCUUAAUGUAAAUCUUAUCUUAUCUUC